UCAGUAUGGAAAUUUCUGUUCAAGCAAACUUGUAAUUGGUAUAAAAGGGUUGGGUGGUUAUGAGUCCAGGUGUAGUGUAAAUUUGAUUUUGUGACUUGUUGUGACUGUUGCAUCGUGUAAGGAUUUCGGAUUUUUACCAUCAUGAACAAGUUUGUUAUUCUGUUUGCCCUCGUGGCCACUGUCACUGCAGAGCCCCCAGUAAACUACGGGGCCGUCCAGUACGAUGCCCCUGUAUAUUCGUACGCCCCAGUAGCAGCCGCCUACGCCUACGACGGUGGGGAUGAUGGUUCCAGCUAUGUGGACGACGCCCUGUUGGCCAGAGUUGCACAAAUUUUGGAGCAGAGCGAAGGAGCCGGCUAUUCCGGGGGAUAUGCUCAAUACGGCGCCCCUGCCAGAAGUGGGGGAGUUCUCCUUGGACGACCCGAACGCGCCCACAGAGUUGCUGAAUUCGACCUUACGGAUUCCCACUUAUCCACUGGAUAUGGAUAUUAAAUUUAUGUUACGAUUGUGCCAUACAUAUUCAUACACGAAUGUAUGUAAUCAUUGUCUAGUGCCAGAUUAUAAAUUCUUAAACAAAUUAUACACUAGAUUUAUUUAUGUUGUUCGAAAGUAUUUAUGCUACGAUGGGUGCAAAAAUGUGAUUAUAUUGAGUCAAUAAAUUAUAAACACGUUUUUCAGUGAAA